AUGAUACAAUCUGUCGUGGCUAACAACUUGGCAACUCGUCUCAGGAAUCUUACGCAUUCUUUACUAAAAGCUCUUGCUUCACGAUGUUCUGCUCACUAUAUUGCUCAAAAGCUACUAGAUGUUCAAGACUUCGAAAAACGUCUUGAUGCGGCUACAUCUCGGCACUCUACCUCAAUCAUCACCUCAAUCGUCCCUCACCCCUUCAGCUCCCUCUUCCCUUCACUCCGUGCUGAAAUGGCCGUCGUGACGAAUUUCGAGUCUUUCCGGGGUCCCUUC